GCUGCCGGAAGCCCCUCCCACUGGCUGCCGGGUUCGUGGCUGGCUGGCCGCGGCUGUCACUCCGGGGCCGUUUCCCUGAGGCCAGCGCUCUCUGCUGGGGCCGGGCGGGAGGAAGAGGGGCCGGACUGGGGCCUGAGGAGCCGUCGCUGUCUUCGCGGCUGCUAUGACCAGCGGCCGAGGCGCCCUCCGCAGUCCCGCGCAGCGCUCGUAGCGGCCGUGCGCCCGCCGAAGCCGUCCGAGUCCCCAGUGCGGCCGCUCCCGCGGCUCCUCGGCUUCUUCCAGCGCCGCGCUCGAGGCUAGGCGAAGCGGAGGCAGGAUGAAGAUGACGGUGGAUUUCGAGGAGUGUCUCAAGGACUCACCCCGCUUCAGGGCUGCUUUGGAAGAAGUAGAAGGAGAUGUGGCUGAAUUGGAACUAAAACUUGAUAAGCUUGUGAAGCUCUGUAUUGCCAUGAUUGAUACUGGAAAAGCCUUUUGUGUGGCAAAUAAGCAAUUCAUGAACGGGAUCCGAGACCUGGCCCAGUAUUCUAGUAAUGAUGCUGUAGUUGAAACAAGUUUGACUAAGUUUUCUGACAGUCUUCAAGAAAUGAUAAAUUUUCACACAAUUCUGUUUGACCAAACUCAGAGAUCAAUUAAAGCACAGCUUCAGAACUUUGUUAAAGAAGAUCUUAGAAAAUUCAAAGAUGCCAAGAAGCAAUUUGAAAAAGUCAGUGAAGAAAAAGAAAAUGCGUUGGUAAAAAAUGCCCAGGUACAAAGAAACAAACAGCAUGAAGUUGAAGAAGCCACAAACAUUCUGACAGCUACAAGAAAAUGUUUUCGACAUAUAGCCCUUGACUAUGUACUUCAGAUUAAUGUUCUUCAAUCAAAAAGGAGAUCUGAAAUCCUAAAAUCAAUGUUAUCCUUUAUGUAUGCCCAUUUGGCGUUCUUUCACCAAGGAUAUGAUUUAUUUAGUGAACUUGGACCCUACAUGAAAGAUCUUGGCGCACAGUUGGAUCGAUUGGUUGUGGAUGCAGCAAAGGAGAAAAGAGAGAUGGAACAAAAACAUUCUACCAUUCAACAAAAGGAUUUCUCCAGUGAUGAUUCUAAGUUAGAGUACAACGUGGAUGCUGCGAACGGCAUUGUAAUGGAAGGAUAUCUGUUCAAGCGAGCCAGCAAUGCCUUCAAAACUUGGAACAGACGCUGGUUUUCAAUACAGAACAAUCAACUGGUUUACCAGAAAAAGUUUAAGGAUAAUCCCACAGUAGUGGUUGAAGAUCUCAGGCUGUGCACUGUGAAACAUUGUGAAGACAUAGAAAGGCGGUUCUGCUUUGAGGUGGUCUCUCCAACAAAAAGUUGUAUGCUCCAGGCAGAUUCCGAAAAGCUGCGGCAGGCAUGGAUUAAGGCUGUUCAGACCAGUAUAGCUACGGCUUAUAGAGAGAAGGGGGACGAAUCAGAGAAGCUGGAUAAGAAAUCAUCUCCAUCCACAGGAAGCCUAGACUCUGGAAGUGAAUCAAAAGAGAAAUUGUUGAAAGGAGAAAGUGCACUGCAGCGGGUCCAGUGUAUCCCUGGCAAUGCCAGCUGCUGUGACUGCGGUCUGGCAGAUCCGCGGUGGGCCAGCAUCAACCUAGGCAUCACCUUGUGUAUUGAGUGCUCUGGGAUUCACAGGAGUCUUGGAGUUCAUUUUUCAAAAGUACGAUCUUUAACCUUAGACACGUGGGAGCCUGAACUUUUAAAGCUUAUGUGUGAGUUGGGAAAUGAUGUUAUAAAUAGAGUUUAUGAAGCUAAUGUGGAAAAAAUGGGAAUAAAGAAACCACAACCAGGACAAAGACAGGAAAAAGAGGCAUAUAUCAGAGCAAAAUAUGUGGAAAGGAAAUUUGUGGAUAAAUAUUCUGUAUCAUCAUCACCUCCUGAGCAGGAAAAAAAGAUUGUUUCCAAAGAUAGUGAAGAAAAGAGACUGAGUGGGCCAGGAGAUCAAGUGAGAACAUCUACCCAAAGUUCAGUCAAAAGUAACGACAGUGGAAUCCAACAGAGCUCUGAUGAUGGAAGAGAGUCUUUACCCUCCACAGUGUCCGCCAAUAGUUUGUACGAAGCUGAAGGAGAAAGGCAAGAUUCUUCUGUGUUUGUCAAUUCUAAACAUCUUAAUCCAGGACUUCAGCUCUAUAGGGCUUCAUAUGAAAAAAACCUUCCAAAAAUGGCCGAGGCUUUGGCUCAUGGUGCGGAUGUGAACUGGGCGAAUUCAGAGGAAAACAAAGCAACGCCGCUUAUCCAGGCUGUAUUAGGGGGCUCUUUGGUGACCUGUGAGUUCCUCCUACAGAAUGGUGCUAAUGUGAACCAAAGAGAUGUCCAAGGGCGGGGACCACUACACCAUGCUACCGUCUUGGGGCAUACAGGGCAGGUAUGUUUAUUUCUGAAACGGGGUGCCAAUCAGCAUGCCACUGAUGAGGAAGGGAAGGACCCUUUGAGCAUAGCUGUAGAAGCAGCCAAUGCUGAUAUAGUAACUUUGUUGCGGUUGGCAAGAAUGAAUGAAGAGAUGCGGGAAUCCGAAGGACUUUAUGGACAGCCAGGUGAUGAAACGUACCAGGAUAUUUUUCGUGAUUUUUCCCAAAUGGCAUCCAAUAAUCCAGAGAAACUAAAUCGUUUCCAGCAGGACUCACAGAAAUUCUGAAUUUCUUUAAGAAGUGGGAUCAUAUGGAAUCUGAUGACUUCCCCACCGGUCCCAAGUGAAAACUCAGAAAUUUUUACCCCGUUAAUUUUACUUAAUUUUGAUAGAGAUUGAGUGGUUUGAAGAAAAGGUUCCCCGUUCACUGAUGUUUUUAUAAGUUGAAGACAUCUAGUACUUGGAAGAGGAACCUAACCUGCUGUAGGAGGGAUCUCUGUCAUUAAAAAUUAAAAGCCUGUUUUAAAGGGUUUAUUUUUAAUAGGUAAAAGUUGAACCUAGAUUUCAUCAACUGUAGGUUACAGAAUGCAGAGAGAUUAGACAGACUCUCUCUUUUUAUUUUUUCCUUUUUUUAAAAAAAAUCAGGGGGUAAUGAUUGUGUUGAUCGCCCCACCCCACCUCCCACCGCAUGGAGCUCAGGACCAUUCAUUCCAGAGAGUCUGCGUCCUGUGGGAGCCAGCUGUUCCACCUGCCUCAAGAAUGGAUCUUGGCUUUGGCUCCUGUGAUGUGUUUUAGGGGUUCUGGUAUAGAUGUGUAUGCUUUCUGUUUUCGGUAGCCUACCUUUUGUACUCAACGUGUAUGACUCAUUGGAGCUAGAGAUCAUGCUGCCCCCAUUUGAUCGUGAAUGCCCUGACACUCCUUAGAGGACAGGUUACUGUCAUCUGAUGCUUUCACAUCCACAGAGUAAGUACAUGGUAGACCAUACUUCAGUCCCUUCGAUCUGUUCCAUCUUUCUGUGAAGCAAAAAACAUAUUAUUUCUUUUUUAACUAUUAAUCUUAGUUCAGAAGUUGUAGCUCUUCCUUGUUGGAUUGAUUUUCUAAAACCCUGAGAAAUUUAUUGUUACCAUAAAACAGUUUCAAAGGUUACUUCAAUGUUGCAAAAUUAUGCUUUCAUCAAAACAUAACUUUUAAAAUAUGGAUUAAAAUUUUUUAAUACAGAGACGUUGACCUGAAUGGAUAUAAAGCAAAACCCAACUUUUAAAACCAUAACUUUCAAAACAAAAAGUAGACUUAUAAUAAUCAAAAUAAUGUAGGGCAUUUUCAUUUUGGGAUUGUUGCUGGUGAAAGACAAAAUGUAUACAAAGCAGAAAAAGCUCCCUCUUUUUAAAAAUUUAUGUAGAAAUAUAUAGCAAUAACUUUAUUUCCAUUCUGUGUAUUAUAAAGAGUGUACAUUCUUUUAAAUUACAGUGUGUGUAUAUCUUUAGUAUUAACUUACAUGAUUUACAAACCCUUGAAUUUCAAAACAUUAUCAGUAUACAUAGUUACUAUUGUAUGUUAAAAAUUAGUCUGAUUCCACCUUUGUUUGACAUGUCAGCAGUAUAGAAUUGUUAGGUAAUUUGCCCUAUGGUACCUACCUGAUGUUGUCAACAAUUAAGUUUGAUUUUAGAAAUUGAUUGUAAGUAAUAUUACUGAUUCCUUGUUUCCGAAUAAGAGGUUUUUUGCAGUUGCAAAAGAGAAACUAGUUAAUUGGAUAAGUAAUAAAUUUUCUAACAUAUUACCCCUGAAAAGUAGAGUUUUAUAAAUUGAUUAAACACUAAAUCAUUAUCUAAGUAGGAAAUAUACUUAGAGGUAUUCACUUCAUAGAAAAGGUUCCAUACCUAGGACAUUUUGGAUAGACGAAUGUUUACUUAGUGAUGGUCAAUAUAUAUUAGAUAAGCAUAAAAAUAUAUCUGUGAAUUAUAUCUGAGGAAAUGCUGAUUUCCAAAACAUUGUAUUUUAACUACAACAACACGAAGAGGCUGAAAUCUUUCUUGUUUCACUUCAAAGGCACAGAUCAUUAGCUUUUAGAUGCUUUAUUUAAAGGCAAAAUUCUGAUUUGGAACAGGAGUGUUUUUAACAAUGUACUUUGAAAUUAACUAUCCAAAAUGCAAGGAAAUGAGAUGUGUUAAACAGAGAAACUAACUGUGAAAAGGAAGCUCCUCUGUAGUGCCUGUUACUGUCUUCAUCACAGGACUUCACUCCUGAAGCUCUUGACUUUGAGAAAGUGUAAGCUGUCUUCCUUUGGGGUCCAGCCACUGAUUCUUCCCAACACCUGUGGGAGAUGCGUGACCAUUGCUUGUGGCACUCAACCCUCCUUGUGGCUUGAGUCCUGAGUUGUUCAUGAGGCAGGAAUUAGCCUCUACUUAAAUCUCAUGUUUAGGAAUAUAUUUUGCCUAAAGAUGAUCAAAGUCUAACAUAUCUUCAGAGAAAUCUAAAUCUUUCAUAUGUCAGGGAAGCUGGCAAGGCAAUACAGAAAUUUAUUUCUGUGGCUUGAUUUCUUGAAUGUGGUGAUACCCAGUUGGGAUAACAUUUGCCAGAAAUGAUGGAAUAAACAGCAAGGCUCUAAGUUAAUGGUUACAGAGUAGGUUGGCUCCUGGAUGAACUGAACUCUGUCCUCUAGCGGCUUCUGUAUUGUGUGUAACAGACGUGAGUUCCGUUCUGCUGAGAGUUGUGAGGAAUUGGAGUGUCAGCAGUGCUCAAUGUGCUCUUGGACUUGAUUAGUCUCUGGGACCACUCUUUGUUGUCUUUCCAUAAUUGACCUGCUGACAUUAAUUUCUGAUUCCUUAUUCUUAUUCUAUUAGCUUGUUGUCAGUAGCUCAUAAACUUAAAUAUCGGAUUAAUGCCAACAUCAGAGUAGUAAUAUUACUUAUGAAGAGCUCAUAAAAUGCAGUUUCUUGUUAGAACUAGGCUACAGGUAAUUGAGCAGUUAAUUGCAAUGCUUCAUUAAAACAUUUACAUGUUUAAGAUAUAUAAGGUUAGAAGUCAUCUUAUGUAAUAUCUUUAGAAGAACUUUCCAAGGAUUUACUACACUAGAGUAUUUGUCUAAUUUUUGUUAGUCUUCACUGUCAGUCUUAAUGAAUUGUGGUAUUUACUUUCCCAAACACAUAGAAUUAACUUGGAAUAUGUAUUUUGAUUCUUUAUGAGGAUGUUUUGGAAAAAAGAAAUGUAUACCUUCAUUGUUGUAUGAUUUAAGUUUGUAAUAUGUUAGCAGUAUUUUAAGACACAAUUUUACCCCAUGUUCAGUAUGGUCACAAGAAACCAAAGUGUUGUAAGGUUAUCCCGUGUAGAAUAGUCACACAUUCCCAGAUCACUCUUCUGUUGUCAACCUUAUAUUAUAGCACCAUGCCCACGAGCUGGAGGAAUGAUGCCUGCUAUAGCAUUGAAGAACUUGGGAACUGCAUGAUACAGUGGAAAGAGCACUGACCCAGCAGUCACUGCAGUUUUUUGAUUCAGGGCUCCUCACAGACAAGAUGGAUGGGGUGAAGCUAAAUGUAACAUACAUAUGUAUUUAAAUAUAACACCCCUUUGCAUACUGCUUGCUACUUACAGUGUAAUUUGAUAUUACUUUAUUUCACUUGAUCCUCACAAUAACUUCAGAGAUUAUCUAUGUAAGAUGGUCAAUAUUGUCUGCUUUUUUGAUCCUCUGUGCUCCUUUUGUUUUACAGGGUUUGGGCGGGGAUAGUCACUUGGUGUGCUAGUUAGUGGCAGAGUUGACUCCAUAACCCAGGUCUGACUGACUGUUAGAAGCACUUUACUUAUAUCGUGAACUGAUUUGAUGUUAUUGUUCAGGAACACAAUCUGAUAAUGACUGCCAGCUUUCCUUGUAUUUUGGUGAUAAGAUCCAAAUGUUCUAGAAAACCUGGAUAUAGGUUUGAAUGAAUAGAUUAUUUGAAGGUGUAAGUUUGUAGAAAUUUUUAUAGUUUUGCAGUACACAUUAGAGAAAGUAAAAAAAAUUUAAAAUACAAUUUUAAUGCACCAUGUUCUUCUCAAUUACUUGAUCCAUCCAAAUGAAAGAAAGCUAAACGGAUCAGAGAUUGAGUGUAGCUGGAUUCUCUAAAUAUGGCAUUCCAGAUCCUUCUUCCAUGUAUUUACUCAUGAAAGUGGGAUCAUGGGAGGGUACAAAGCAGAAUUUGAUAAAAUGAUCUUUUGUCUGCAUUGGUCUUUUCACUAUUUACUGUCUAGAUUUUCUUCAAACUCCAUAUCACUCUUUUGGGUGUUAAUUUUAAGUGAGGAAAGCUUGUCACAUUAUAAAGAUUGUUUGGCACCAUUUUACACAAAGGUGAAAGAAUAACUUUUGGAAAUGAUGAACUAUUUUCCCAUAUGUGUUUACUUAUGCUUUGUGAUAUUUCUGGGUCAUUCCAGUCAUAAAGACUUAUUACAUGUAAUAUUUCUUGCUAUCCAUGAAAAGGUAUUUUUAAAGAAUGUAUAACCAACACACCAUUUACUUUUUAUUAGUAUGUAGAGAAUUUGUAUCUAAUUAAUGAAUGUAGUUUUACUGUAGUUUGUCAUUGUAAAUGAAGCAAAGUACAUUAUCUUUAUAGUUAUUUCUAAAAUGUACAUUAUGUAAGAAUUGUAAAUAUAGUUGAUUAAGUACUUUGUAUGCUGAAAAAUUGCAAUAAUAAGUCAAUAAAAAAUCUCACCUCUU